AUGCUGGUGGACACGGUCAGUCUUGACAUUGAGGCCGAGAUUGCUGCUCGUGAUGGAGGUGAGGUCUUUCCAACCUUGCCUAUUGGCCCAGACUCAUCUCCCGCGCGGCAACCUCGGCUUCGAUUGCGUCCGUUGACCGAGGCGGACCAUGAUACGGCUGCUGCUGCAGUGCAGCGGUUUGCCGAGGUCAUGGCUUGCAAGAUUGUGGACGCGGACAUCCUUCUGCCGUACACCGUCGUCUCGGCUAGCUAUGCCAGGCCCAGAGCUACUCCGCCCCGCCAGCGACGACGUCGACCCCCACGUGUGACGCACACGCAACGAGAGCAUCGUCUCGAUGAGGCCCUGGACGACAUGCAGACGACCCAGCGCACAAACCCGGGUAAUCGCCAAGCGGUGCAGAAGGCUCGCCGUCGUGUUGGAAGGAUCCGUGCAUCGAUAGCGCAGCUAGACUUGCGUCGAGCUUUCGCCACGGACGAAGCCACGUGUAUGGGCAAGAUUUUGGACGGUGCCUCGGCGGAGACCGCGGGUGUCGAGCAUCCAGACACCUGCCCCAUCGGCAGGGAGGAGCUCCACCGUCAUUUUGUGGGCACGAGCACGGCCCCAGCUCCCUUCAACUACGAUGCUGCUGUCGGUUGUGAGUUUAGGGCCGUGCUCAAUGAUUUUUCGAUGGACACGUUGGGUGGCGAUUGUUUCGACGGCGAGAUUUUGAUUGACGAAGUGGAGGACCAGCUACUGCGGGCUGCCAAGGCAUCCAGCCCCGGGCACGAUGGGGUUGGCUAUGAUGUCUAUCGCCGGUUUGCCCCGCAGUUGGUGCCCCUUUUGCAUGCCGCGUAUCAGUUCUGUUGGCUGCAUCGGAUGGUGCCUUCGCUGUGGAAGGUGUGCAUCGUUCGCCUAAUCCACAAGAAGGGUGACCCGAUUCAGCCGACUAACUGGCGGCCCAUAUGUCUGCAGCCCGCUAUCUACAAACUCUACAGCGGGCUGCUGGCACGUCGGCUAUCGCGCUGGUUGGAAUUGAACAACCGGCUGCCGAUGGCGCAGAAGGGGUUUCGGGCGUUCAACGGUUGUCACGAGCACAACUUCGUGGCAACCACGAUGUUGGACCAGUCCCGACGGUCGCACCGGAAGUUGUACCAAGUAUGGUACGACUUACGCAACGCUUUUGGCUCGCUACCACAGGCACUCAUGUGGCAGGUGCUCCGCCGCCUUGGCGUCGAGCCCCGGUUUAUCAGCCGAUGCCAGGACAUUUACGAUGGGUCCGCCUUUGUGGUAGUGAAUGAAAAGGACGGUGCGACUGACCCAGUGAGGCAGGAAGUGGGGGUCUACCAGGGAUGUCCCUUGAGCCCACUCCUGUUUAUUGCUGCACUGGUACCUCUCGUACGACGCUUGGAACAGCUGGAGGAUGUCGGUGUGCCGCUGGCGGAUAGUGUACGGCCGUGCACCACCGCCUAUGCUGACGACAUCAAGGUGUUCAGCAACAGCGCCACCGGUAUCCAACGCUGUCAUGGCGUGGUCACGCGCUUCCUCGCUUGGACUGGGUUGCGUGCGAAUACGGCCAAGUGUGCUAGCCUCGCGGUUACCACCAAUGCCUGCGGCAACCUGGCUCUUGACGAUAGCGUUCGAUUGGAGCUUCAUGGUGAUAUCAUCUCCUCACUCACCCUUAACGAGAGUUACCGGUACUUGGGGGUGGGCGAUGGCUUCGACCAUGUGCAGCACCGCCUCCAGCUGGAGCCCAAGCUCCAACAGAUUAAGCGGGAGGCGGUGGCGCUGAUGCAGUCUGGCCUAGCGGUGUGGCAGGUGGUGAAGGCGUUGAAGACAUACGUAUACCCGAAGGUAGAAUACGCCCUUCGCCACCUGCGCCCGCUACAUUCACAGCUUCAAGGCUUUGACUGCACCGUGAAGCGUGGAUUGCGGCAUCUGUUACGCCUGCCACAGUCCGCCACCACCGAGUUCUUCUACACACCUACUUCUGGUGGUGGGCUGGGCCUGCAGUCGCUGGUGGAGAUGCACCAAGCACUGCAGGUGGCACACGCGUGGCAGAUGUUGCAUUCGAAGGACCCCGCUAUCGUGGCGGUGGCACAAGCCCAAGUGUGUCAGGUGGUGCGCAAGCGCUACCGACUUGUUGAAGACCACUGGGUGGGUAGAGACGACGAGCUCAUCCGGCUAUUUUUAAAGUCGGAGCUUGCGUCGUCUCCCCAUGCCACCGCCAAUCGACGCUCGGGUGAUAUCGCUUCGUUAUGGGUUGACGUACAGCGAGUGUUAUGCGUCCACCAACUCAAGUUCUCUGACAUCACUGCAGAGUCUGGACAAGAUCGUCUAGCACUUCGCGUGCCGCACCAUGACAAGUGGCUUGACCACAAGACUGUGUUGCGGCACGUAAAGUUGCACAUGAAGAUUCGCCACCAGACUCUUCCACCGAGUCUGGUGGAUCAAGGCAAGACGGCCCGGGUACACGGUGGUCCCGGGUCCAAGUUUGUGAUGUCGGGAGCGGGCCUGUCCGAUGCUGAGCACCGUUUCGGCAUCCAGGCUCGCCUGAACCAAGUGGACACUAACUCGGUGCUCAAGCGACGCCGCUUGCGAGCCAACGCCCGCUGCCGGAAGCCGAACUGCUCGAGUGCCGAGACGCUGGCGCACGUUUUGAAUCAUUGUGCGCCCAAUAUGGGUGCAAUACGCCAGCGUCACGAUAGUGCACUCGAGCAGAUUGGUGCCAAGAUUCGACAAGCGCUCGUUCGCACCAAGUCCGGCGCAGAGCUACGCCUGAACCAGACAGUCCCCGAGUACACUGGUGCAGCUCUGCGCCCCGACAUCGUGCUGCGCGAUGUGGCCGCCAAGACCUUGUUUAUCGCUGACUUGGCAGUCACGUUUGAGGACCAUGCUGCUGGCGCUCGCCACUCCUCGCUUCACAGCAGCCAUGACUUCAAGGUGCUAAAAUACAAGCCAAUUGCGGAUGAGAUGAGGUUGAAGGGGUGGCGAGUGCAGUCUGCAGCACUGAUUUAUGGCACGCUGGGAUCGGUGUAUCCCAGCAACUUCAAGACCUACACGGAGAUGCUGCAUCUGCUCAAGCGUGAAGCCCGGCAGCUGGAUCUUCAGCUGUCGAGCUACUGCAUACGAUCAGGCCACAAGAUAUGGAGCGGGCAUUGUCGUCUUCACCGUGAUCUACAGCGCAGUGGUGGUGCCUCGGGAGCACCGCGUGGGUCUGGGGGGACCCCGCGGAGCAGAUCGCGGACACAGGUACGGCGAUAA